CCAAUACACUAGCACUAGCACUAUCAUAUUAAUAACAAAAGAAGUUAUGUUCUUUAGAAAAAUAUCAGAGAAAUCUAUUUUAGUUUUAAUCUUCUUAUUUAUGAUGCUGAUUCCCGCUCAAGUCGAUGCUGACGAGAAGAACAUCAAUAGACUCUUAAACAAUCAAGCUGUGGUCAGUCGUCAAAUCAUGUGUAUUCUUGAGAAAAGCCCGUGCGACCAGUUAGGAAAACAACUUAAAGCUGCUCUACCAGAAGUCAUAACAAGAAAAUGCCGCAACUGCUCGCCCCAGCAGGCACAGAGCGCACAAAAGCUGACAUCAUUUCUGCAAGCUCGCUACCCGGACGUCUGGGCCAUGCUAAUCAAGAAAUACCAGACAGCUUAAGCUUAAUGCGUGUAUUUAAUUGUUAAUCAAA